UUCAUUUUUUUAUGGUUUCCUUGAACUGAUUUCAGUUUUUACGGUGAUUGAAGUGGUGUUUAUUUUUUAGAAAUUUCAAAUGGACGAAACGCCAAACUGGCAUGGACCUGUAAUGAGACUCAGGUCCGAAAAUGGUUUUUAUUUGUCUAUACAGGAUGAUGGGAAAGUUGUGGGAACUACAGAUGGUAACUUGGACAAUAUACUGGUUGUUAUUUCAAGUGGGGAAGUUUCUCAUGUCAGGAUUCAAGGAGCGAAGAGUAAACGAUAUUUGUGUUUUAAUGAUUCGGGAAAUUUGUACGGGGAAGAAGAUAAAAACAACGAYGCAACCGUUUUUAAAGAAGUUCUUCAGGGUUCAUACAACGGAUACGUAUCAAAAAUUCAUCCAGACUGGUAUGUAGGAAUUAAAAAAGAUGGAAACCCAAAGAAUGGAAAAAGGACGAAAUGGGGUAAAAAAUCGGUUAAAUUCCUGCCCCACAGAAACAUAUCAGAAGCAGAUUUGGAUCAGCUAGACACCUAGAUGGUGUUUUUUUUAAUACGUAUAACAGAAAUCGAAUUAAAUUUUAAUUCGGAAUUAAAUUCGAAUUAAAUUGCCAUUUACUUUGGAAUUUAUAUCGAAUUAAAAUUUUAAUUAAAUGUUCUGGAUAUUCAUAAAAAUAUUAAGUAUUAUUACGUAAUAAGUACUAAGUAUUAGCAGAUGUUUAAGCAAAACUUUGAGUGAUAGAACUAAAAUUAGAUUUCGUCUAUAAUUAAGAGAGGAAGUCAGAAUUGGCAUAAUUUUCAGAUGAUUAACAUAAUGAAUUUCAGUUUUAUUAUCUUGUGUUCAUUGGUUAUUUAAGAUGACCACUUUCUAUGGUUUAUUGUGUACGUAGAUUGUAGAUUACAUUUUGUAGAUGUUGAUCCUGGGGUACAGGAUUUUUAUUUUUUAUAAGAAACGGCAAUAAAAAAUAUUUUUUUAUUUCCUCUU